CCUGCAAAGAAACCCACCGCUGCGUUCUGCGUUCUGCGUUUUGCCCUCUCCCACAACGAAAAAGAAACCCACCGCUGCUUCCUUCGCCGAUUGCGUUCGCCGCCGCCAUCACACCGUUCGUCUUCGCCGUCUAUUACCUUUGCCGCCGACGAAUUUUUUCUUACAAAUUUUGUUGGAACUUGAGAGCUCGUUGCAGUUACAGAAAGCAUGGCCAAGCAUCAUCCUGAUUUGAUUAUGUGCCGCAAGCAGCCAGGAAUUGCCAUUGGCCGACUUUGUGAGAAGUGCGAUGGAAAGUGUGUGAUCUGCGAUUCUUAUGUCCGCCCCUGCACGCUUGUGCGGGUAUGUGACGAAUGCAAUUACGGGUCAUUUCAAGGGCGGUGUGUCAUCUGUGGAGGAGUAGGAAUUUCAGACGCCUACUACUGCAAAGAGUGUACACAGCAGGAGAAAGAUAGAGAUGGAUGUCCAAAGAUCGUUAACUUAGGCAGUGCAAAAACAGACUUGUUCUACGAACGUAAGAAAUAUGGGUUCAAGAAACGAUAAAGCAAAAACAAUUAUGUUCCUAGAAUGGAUCUUACUGUAAUGUGAUGGAUUUCUGAUUUCUAAUCUCAAACUUGCGUAGUCAUUGUAUGUAUAUGUUAUGUUGAUGGGUCAGAAUGAGAGCAAUCGUCCUUUUUCCUUAGUUCAACAACAUUGUUUUGGUCGAGAAUAUAUGUUAACCAGUUGAAUUAUGCUCACAGUUUGGUGCCGUGAGAUUUGAAAACUUUAUCGAUUGUAUUGCGAUGAUAUUUGAAUUUGAUUGAUAGGCGCUUGGCUGAACCUAGCUAAUGGAGGGGAUCUGUUUUUGGUUGAA